AUGCAUCUCAAACAGAGAAGUUACAUGAACAAGGUACAGAACGGAUUUAAUAUGCAAGACACUAAAAGUGCAUCAGUACCCAUAGGAGGACAAUCUGUUCUAUCUAAGGAUCAAUGUCCAGUUACAGUAGAAGAGAAAGAAUACAUGAAAGAAGUUCCAUAUGCAAUGGCUCUUGGAUGCCUAAUGCAUAUCAUGGUUAGCACAGGGCCAGACAUAGCUCAUACACUAAGUAUACUCACUAGGUUCAUGUCUAAUCCAGGCAUGGAACAUUGGAAUGCACUCAAGUGGUUAUUGAGAUAUUUGAGAGGAACUUCAGAUUAUGGUCUCACCUACUACAAGAAAUCUGAGAAAGUAACUUUAAAGGGCUAUGUAGAUGUUGAUUAUCCAUCUAGUAGAGACACAAGAAGAUCAACUACUUCAUAUGUAUUCUUGACCAAUGAAGAUUGCAUAAGCUGGAAGUCACAGCUCCAAUCCGUGGUGGCUUUAUCCACAACAGAAGCAUAA